CGAAUUUCCCUGUACAAGCCGACUUAUGUUCGAAUAUAUAAAGAGUGGCAGAUUAAUUCAUGGCAACAUGCACAAAUUACAUAGACUAAAUUAGAUAUGGCAUUGCAAAAUGGAGAUCAACUCUCAACAGAGCAACUGCUUCAUGCUCAAGCCCAUGUCUGGAACCACUUAUUCAGCUUCAUAAGCUCCAUGUCUUUGAAAUGUGCACUUGAGUUGGGCAUUCCAGAUAUCAUCCACAACCAUGCCAAACCAAUCACUCUCUCUGAAUUGGUCCAUGCCCUUCCAAUCCCUGCCGGAAAAUCCCAUUUCGUCUACCGUUUGAUGCGCAUACUGAUUCAUUCUGAGUUUUUCGUCAGAGUAGCCGACGGUGAUGAUGAUGGAGAAGAGCAUUACUGGCUCACGCCGGCCUCUCUCCUCCUCUUGAGGAAUUCACCCUUGUCGAUGACGCCAUUCUUUCAACUCAUGUUGGACCCCGUUAUGAUGAAACCCUUUGAUCAUAUAAGCGAAUGGCUGGGGAGCGAAAAGCAUUCCUCGGCAUUUGAACUGGUGCAUGGGAGGUCGUUGUUCGAGUAUGUAGGGCAGGAGGCAGGGCUGAACAAGUUGUUGAACCAAGCUACGUCUAGUGAUUCAAGGCUCUUCACUCAUGUACUUCUUAGAGACUACAAACAAGUGUUGGAGGGGAUCACGUCGUUGGUGGACGUGGGGGGUGGCACCGGGACAACAGCUGAGGCUAUUGCUGAAGCAUUCCCCGACAUGAAAUGCUUUGUUCUUGAUCUCCCACAUGUUGUGGGUGGCCUGAAAGGCACUAACAACUUGACAUACAUUGCGGGAGACAUGUUUGAGGCUAUCCCCUCCGUUGAUGCUGUUUUAUUCAAGUGGGUAAUGCAUGAUUGGGACGAUGAAAGCUGUCUCAAAAUGCUAAAAAAAAGCAAAGAAGCAAUUGGUGGCAAGGACAAGACAGGCGGGAAGGUGAUGAUUGUUGACAUGGUUUUGGAUGUUAAUGGAAGAGACAAUAAAGAAAUGGAAACUUGUUUCUUCUUCGACAUAGCGUUGAUGCCUUAUCUCACUGGUCGUGAAAGGACUGAAAAAGAGUGGGCAAAGCUCUUCUUUGAUGCUGGCUUCACCAACUAUAAGAUUACACCUGCAUUUGGUCUAAGGUCUCUUAUCGAGGUUUAUCCUUGAAUCCCUUGUAAGGAAUUAUCGAUUGUUCACAAUCCUCUUUCAAAUAUCAGUUCAAGUUGCAACAUCUUUUGUGACGAUAAUAUUAUCUGGCGUUGAACUUUAUUUCUCAUCUUAUGCUCCU